CUUCUAUUUCUUUUACUCACUCCAAGCGCAUUUGCCCUUUUCCAGGGUUUUACUUUCACCAACUCAGUGACAGUGAGUCACUCUGACUCGCCGCGGUCUCUACGCCUUCUACAACCGACCUCCACCUUCCCCAGCCUCCUCAGUAUAAUUCGUCUGCUUGUUUAUCCAAGGAAUAACGUAAUUCAUGAGGAAGGUCAUCAAGUGAGCUCUCUACAUCCAUAAUAUGGAAUCAGCCAUGGUGAGCAUAAGAAGAAGCAAACGCUUGAGACUACGCGCCGGUAAAAGUUGCUGAAAUGUGCUAUAUCACAUAUGAAUAAGUUUGGGCCUAUUCAUACUAAUCUUAAGCUAGAGAAGUUCUGUUCUAGCACCAUUGCCAAGGUUUUGUGACAAGGGAACUGCUCCUCAAAAUUCUACCCAAACAAAACCAGAUAGUGUGCAUCCAAUGCCUUCAAAUGAUGUAUGUCUGCCAGAGGGGAAUGCAACUCGUACGAGGGCUUCCCCUGAGAUUAUCAGUAUGUUGAGAGAGCCAGCUGCUGCAGAGAGAGUUUUGCUGGGCUUACUUGGCCCUGAUGAUACCAGGAUUAUGCAGGAGUAUGAUGACGGUGGUUUGAGGCAAAACUUGGCCCACCAUGCCCUUGGUGCCUGCGUUCACUUUGCCAUGUGGCUAAAGGAAAAUGGAGAGUCUUCCUUAGCCUCUAGGGAGCGCAAUGAAGCCAGAGCUCGUGUUGCAGGGCUGGAGGAAAGAGUUAGACAUGUUGAGGAGAUUCUGAGGCAUCUGGUCCAAGAAUAUGAGUCUAAGCUAAAUGGCCUGCAAAAUAAUGUUGAUCAGCUGAGGCCGAAGGCUGAGUUCUGCGAGAGGAAAUGGAAGGAGCAGGAGGCGUUGCAUCAAGAGAAGGCCACUCGUUUGGAAGAGGUUUUGAAGCAGCUUGAGGAAGCUAACUCCGACCUUGCCAAGGUCACUCAAAGUCAUGACAUGGCAAGAACACGUAUCGAAAAGUUGACUAGUGCCCUCACUCGGACCAGGAAGCUCUACGAGCAGGCUGAGGUUGAAGUGAAGAAGGUUCAGCAGGACUGCGAAAUGGAUAGGAUCCUUGGGGAAAUAGAGAAGGAAGAGCGUGGGAAAAAAAGGAUUGCUCUGACCACCGAGCUAGAGCUGGUAGAGGGCUUCCAAAACCAAAACCAGAAGAUGGAAGGUGGGAUCAUGCCAACACCGGAGCUAAACAAAGAUGUUAGCAAGCAAGUGGAAGAAGCUGAAGACAUUGAUGAACUGGUGGACGUUGACUACUUUCUGAGCCUUUUGCAGUCACUGUAAAAUUCAUUAUGAGUGUUACAGGGUUGAUGGUGCUCGUUUCUCCUGCCCAACUUGUCAACCGGUUUCUCUGGCUAUAGAAUUGUCACCACCACCUGCAGCUGGAGGAUGAAGAAGUCGAGACUCAGGGUGCUCUCUCAUUGAGAGAGAGAGAGAGAGAGAGAGAGAGAGAGAGAGAGAGAGAGAGAGAGAUACAACUACAUUAUUAUCAAAUAUAUAUAUCACAAGAUCAACUAGCAAAGCCCUUUUUGAUUACGCUAAUAGUGGGAUCUGCACAUAUACAACUACAUUAUUAUCAAAUAUAUAUCAAUGAUCAUGUUUAGAGUUAUA